CGCCAGCAUCCGAGCCUGCGUCGCUGAGCGCCGCUAGAAAGCGAGCUGCCAGCCCUCUUGCGACUGGUGCCCUUGCUGCACUGCCGAUCCCUUCGGCGCACCCAUAUACAGUGGCUGAAGGGCACGCAGCAGAGGCACAGCGCGUGCGCACGCGCAGCGCGACGACAUGUCCGUGACAUACGCGGGGAAGCUCUCGCUGCACAUGCCUGGCCGCGUGCGCCAGCGCCCAGCCGGCCUGUACAACUCCGGCAACACCUGCUACAUGAACUCGGUGCUGCAGUCUCUGCUUCACCUGCCGCCGCUCGCCUACGCGCUGCUGGAACGGAGCACGCGCGAACUCAUCGGCGAGUUCGGCGGAACAACAAGCGGUGGCUUCAAUCCGACGGAGGCCAUGCGCGAUCUGGCCGAGCGAGUGCUCUGUGGCUCGAAUGUCGUGCAGCCAACAGUCUUCCAGAGCAAACUCAAAACCUAUGCCCGCACGCUUCGCAAGGGACACCAGGAGGACGCGCACGAGUUCCUUGUUCUCCUGCUCGAGGCCAUGCAGCAGCAAUGCUUCGCCCGCGCAGACAGCCGCAUUGAUGCCAACCAUGCGCUCCGUCGCUCGACCCUCGUCCAGCGCGUGUUCAGCGGCCGUCUGCGCAGCCGUGUCUCAUGCCCCGCCUGUCGGCACAACUCCGAUACGUUCGACCCAUGCCUGGACCUGUCGCUGGACAUCAGACACGCGAAGAGCGUCAACGAGGCACUCGACGUCUUUACGAAGGCCGAGGAGCUGUCUGGGUCUGGGCGCGACCGCUACCGCUGCGAAGGCUGCCGCAAGAGAGUCAACGCUUCAAAGCGCUUCACGAUUGACACGCCGCCGCUCGUCCUGACGGUCCAUCUCAAGCGCUUCACGCUCACGGGCAGCAAGCUGACGCGCGCGAUCAAGUACCCGUACACGCUGCAACUAGGCGCGCGGCACCUCUCCGAGGGCGUCGACCCGGUCACCUACACGCUGCACGCCGUGAUCCAUCACCACGGCGGCGGCCCGAACAGCGGGCACUAUGUGGCCAACGUCAAGGCUGGGCGCGGGCCGGGCUGGCUGUCGGCAAACGACUCAACGGUCUCACAGGCUCACAACGGCAAGACGUCUGGCGAGGACAAGUCGUGCUAUGUCCUCUUCUACGUGAUGGACGCAGCCUCGUCCUCUCGGUCCGGAGCACUACUGCCGCCCCAUGCGCCCUGCUCAGCGCAAGCGCCGUCGGCUUGAGCUCCACGAUGAUGAGGACGAGGGAGAGCCGCUGCCCGACGCGCAGUUCGUCUCUCCGGCUGCUUCAAGCACUGUCCGGCCGCCCAAUGGGACAUACGGGUCAAAGGGCAAGCCUGCUGGGGCAGUGCUCAGCACAGUGCUGGGCAGCGCUACGAACCGCACCGCCAUUCCACCAGGCACGUUCUUCGGCGCCGCAGCCAGCAAGAAGCGCGGUGCAGCGCCUGC